GUUUGAGCCAACAUCACCAACUAAAAAUCACCAAACUUAUUUACAAAUCGCGUUUUGCCGCUUAAAGUACAGUGUUUUUUCACGAACACGGUGUUUUUCUGCAAAUAAUCUGUAAACAACUUAAGUAAAAUACUAACACAAAAUGGAUAAUAUUAGGGAUAUCAUAAAUGGAGCACAAUUAUCAAGAUUCACUGGGAAAAAAGUCAGUAUUUUGGGCCAUGUUACUGAAUCAGCCCCAAAUGGUAUGUCUUUUCAAUUAAGGGCUGUUGACAAUGUUGUUGUGAAAAUUAACUUGAAAACGCCUUUGGAUGCACCACUUGAAGGAUAUGUUGAAGUUAUUGGAAAAUCAGAAGGAAAGUCGGUGAUGGCUGAUGAUUUUAUAAUAUUUAACAAUGAGAAAAUGGAUGUUAAAGCCCACAACACUUUGUGCACCUUACUAUAUUCUGUACCGAACAUUUGGAAUACUGCAUAAUGCUCAGAUAAUAAGAAUUAUUUGUAUUGUAUUCAUAGUUAAUUUUAUAUUUAUUUUGUAAUAAAAUGUUACCUCCAGACCUAA